UAAAUUCAAAUUAAAUUUAAACUGAUUGAAUGGAUCGUGAUCGCGAUUCCGACUCCCAUGCCCGCAAGGGCAAUCGUCCGCCCGGGCUGAAGGGCAAGGAAAUUGGCAUGUAUUACCGCGACCUCGGUCGCCAGCGCGCGAAGGAGCGCGAGAAAAUGAAAAAGGAUGGCGGGCCGGACAUGAUUGAGCAGCCAAAAAUCCGGCUGGGAUGCAGUGUCACUGUGCCACGAGGCGCGCUGGAGCGCGUCAAGGAAUUCAUGCAGGCCUUCAACAAGACGCCCAGGAAAUCCGACUCGCACUCGGAUGUGGAUGCGCAAUUCGAGCUGCAGUUUCGUCACUUGCUGAGCGUCAAUUUCCACCAGUUUAUUGCCGAGAAAAAGCAGGAGAACAACACUUUGAACUACAUCAACCAGAAUUUGGAUACGAAAUUAAUGGAGGAGCAUCGAGAGCGCCUCCAGUCACCAAAUAUGCGUGAGCGCCUGCACGCACGUCAGCAGCUGCCGGCCAUGAAGCAUGCGGAGGAGAUUAUACGCGCCGUCCAGCAGAAUCAAGUCAUUCUCAUUGUCGGCAGCACCGGCUGUGGCAAGACCACACAGGUCCCUCAACUGCUGCUCGAUCACAGCAUUGUCAAGGGCUGUGCCUCAGACUGCCGCAUUAUUUGCACACAACCGCGUCGUAUUUCGGCCAUCACGAUUGCCGAGCGAGUGAGCUACGAGCGUGGCGAAAACCUGGGCCUCUCGGUAGGCUAUCAGAUACGCCUGGAGAGCCGCCGGCCAAGGGACCGGGCCUCCAUUACGUAUUGCACAACGGGAGUGCUGUUGCAGCAGCUCCAGUCGGAUCCCCUGAUGCACAGCCUCAGUGUGCUCAUUCUGGACGAGAUACACGAGCGCAGCGUGGAGACGGACCUUCUAAUGGGCCUGCUGAAGGUCAUCCUGCCGCACAGGCCCAACCUGAAGGUGAUUCUGAUGAGUGCCACCGUUCGAGAGCAGGAUUUCUGUGACUACUUUGAGAACUGUCCCAUGUUCCGCAUUGAGGGGGUGAUGUUUCCCGUCCGGAUGCUCUACCUGGAGGAUGUCCUCUCCCUCACCAACUAUCAGUUCGAAAAUUUGCGCACAACGAAAAAAAAGCCGAAUCAGGAGCGUAAGGAGUCCUUAAUGGCGCACGAAGCCAUGAUCCUGCCGUAUGUGCGUCGCGUCCGUCACAUGUACGAUCGAAGGGUUCUCGACCAAUUGCGCCUGCCCGAGUCGGAGGGCUGCGAGGACAUUGAUUUCAUCGCGGAUCUGGUCUACUACAUCUGCGAAAACGAGCCAGAGGGUGCCAUUCUGGUCUUCCUGCCCGGCUUCGACAAGAUCUCCAAACUGAACAAAGCUCUGGAGAACCCCCAGGGUUCGUUCAAGGGCCAACGCUGGCGCCAAAGUCUAGUCCUUUAUCCCCUGCACUCCCUGAUGCCCUCCGUCGAGCAGCAGGCGGUGUUCCGUCGUCCUCCGGCCGGCAAGCGUAAGGUUAUUAUGUCCACCGUUAUAGCCGAGACAUCGGUGACCAUUGAUGAUGUGGUGUAUGUCAUCAAUUCCGGCCGCACCAAGGCUAGCAACUAUGACAUUGCCAGCAACAUCCAGAGCCUGGACGAAGUGUGGGUGAGCAAGGCAAAUACCCAGCAGCGCAAGGGUCGUGCAGGACGUGUAAGGCCGGGCAUCUGCUACAAUCUGUUCAGUCGGGCCAGGGAGGAUCAGAUGGCCGAUAUACCUACACCGGAUAUACUGCGCUCCAAGCUGGAGUCAAUCAUUUUGAGCCUGAAACUGCUGCACAUUGAUAAUCCCUAUGAAUUUCUGGGCACUCUCAUCAGUGCCCCCGAACAGGAGGCCAUCAAAAACGGUGUUCUUCUCCUGAUGCGCAUUGGUGCCCUGGACAAAGAGGGCAUUCUUACACCGCUGGGCGUGCAUUUGGCGAAGCUUCCCGUCGAUCCGCAAAUGGGCAAAAUGAUGCUCAUGUCAGCCCUAUUCUGUUGCCUGGAUCCCAUCACCUCGGCGGCAGCGGCACUCUCAUACAAGUCGCCGUUCUACACGCCCUUGGGGCUGGAGAGCCGUGUGGAUCAGGUGAAACGGCAGAUGGCCCACAACAUGCGCAGUGAUCAUCUGAUGGUGCACAACACCAUUUGUUCGUAUCGCAAGAGUCGUGGUGAUCGCAACUUCUGUUAUACGAAUUAUUUGAGCUACAUGACGCUGCAGCAGCUGGAACGCAUGAAGAAUCAGUUUGCAGAACUGCUGUGCAACUACAAAUUUCUUAGUUCACCCAGCUUACUGGACAAGUCAUCCAACAUUAAUUCGGACAAGAUUCCUCUGCUGAGGGCUAUUAUUGGAGCCGGUCUCUAUCCGAAUAUGGCAUACAUGCGCAAAACACGUCGCAUACGGAAUUCAGUGCGUGCUGUUCAUAACAUGUCCACGGACGACGGCAAGCGUGUGAAUUUUCAUCCUUCAUCCGUGAACAGCGGGGAAUCCAGCUUUGAUUCGGAUUAUUUCGUGUAUUACCAGCGACAGAAGUCCUCAUCGCUGUAUUUACUCGAUUCCACAAUGGUCUUUCCCAUGGCUCUCAUUAUUUUCGGCGAUGGCGUCGAGGCGGGUGUCAAAGACAGAGUGCCCUACCUAUCCGUGGCCAAUACAUACUUUUUUAAAUGCAAUCCAGAGACUGCCAAAGUGGUGCUUGAGCUGCGCACAAAUCUGGGUAGAUUGCUGCUGAAAAAGGCUCUCUGUCCGGCACCCAUCGAAGAGAAUGGCGAAGAGAAGCAAUUGAUCAAAGCAAUUGAGUUGCUGCUUUCAUUGGACGAGAAAUUGGAUGACGAUUCGUUUUCGUCCGACGAAAUCGAUGAUAUCUGAAUGCGGAAGAGGCUCAGAGCAUAAUUUAAUUCCAUUUUAUUGUGGUUCAUUAGUCGAAUGGUAUAUUACCAAAAAAUAUAUGUAUAAUCAAAAAUAAAUUAUGUGUGUUUGUUCGAA